AUGUCCUCCGCCGAUACCGCAGCAGCAAAGAAGGCAGCUGGCCAGCUUCAGCAGGACCAGGCCGGCCUCGAAGGCUCUCACGAUCUCAAGAACGCAGGGCACACCACCUUCCAGCACGGCAAAGGAAUCGAGAAUGCGGAAAAAGAGACCGGGGCAUCAGGUUUCGGCCAAGUAGCUGGUGCUAAGGAAUACGUCAAGGACCAAGUCUCGGACCAGAAGGAUGCCUAG